AUGACCGGCCUGUAUCCACCUUUCAGCCAACCCGAGGCACUGCCACCCAAACUUCUUUUCACCAUAAUGGACGGGAGGAUGCAACACCCUCACAACAGUGCCAUUCAUCUCCCGCAACUCUUAGCUCUGAGUAGACAGAAGCUCGUAGACACACAGACUCGCGCCACGAACCCUGCUUCAAAGACAUGCAUCCACGGCUGCUCACACAAGUCCCCGCGGCGGCUCCCUGACAAUCAGAAAGAGCAGAAGAGCGCGCCCUCGGCCCCUCGCCCGGCGACGGAGAUCUUCGCGGCCCUCGGCGAUGGGUUCUACAUCACGCAGUUCCAGGAGCCUGGAAGGGCUGAAAAGGCAUUCACCCGCUAUGACGUCGCGACUGUCCUAAAGAAGUUCUACUCAAUUGAAUUAGACAGCAUCACCGCUCCUCCUGGAGUAGAGAUCAUAGACUUAUUAGAGGCAUCAUCAUCAUCCCCACUUCCUUGGAUGACUGACGAAGAACUAGGCCAGUACGCCGAGAAGUUUCAGAAGUCUGGUUUCACCGGGCCGCUCAACUACUACCGCAUGAUGGACAUGAACUGGAGGCUCACUGCGCCAUGGCAUGGCGCGAAGAUCAUGGUGCCUGCGAAGUUCAUCGCAGGCGACAAGGACACCGGCUUUGAGUCCUUUGGAACCAAGCACUACGUCGAGAGCGGGGGUUUGAAGUCCAAUGUUCCAGACCUUGAGGUUGCCAUCAUCGAAGGACACCACUACCUCCAGCAGGAGCAGGCCCAGAGAGUGAACACUGAAAUAUUGUCCUUCCUGGACAAGUUUAGUGAGAACUGAGUAAGCAGAUGGUCUGCAAGUGAGCUGAUUUUAGAGCUGCGAGUGCUACCAUUUCUGAACCGAAGAAUGGGAAAGCUUACUCGAAUAAAUGUCAGAGUUGGAAAUAGACGUGUGUUGACCUGAAAGGAAUAAAAGGUUGUAAAAUAUGUGAAGUGUUCACCAGAUGGAUUAUUGAAUAAAGCAAGGUUUUGAUAAGGUGUGCUGUUGUUGCUUUAUCAAAGCAGAGAA